AUGAAUCGCGGAGAUCUGCCCGGUUACUACUGGGAUGAAGACAAGAAACGAUACUUCAAGAUUCAAGCCAAUCACCUUGUUCCGGAGGCAGCAAAGUAUGCCAAGGGCAACGUUAAUCAGGAACGCCGGAUCUCGAAGAAACGCAAGACGGAAACGCAGCAAAAAGCAAAGCGGCAGUCGGCUCUUAUGCGCAAGGCUCCCGUCUUGAACUCCUCAGUGCUCGGCGGGACUGGUCUGGGUCGUGAGCUGGGCGUCGAUCAAAGGUACCGGCAGUAUGGGAUGCAAAAAGAUGCUGCGCUGGUGUCACAGUGGAAGGCAGAGCGUCUUGAUGUGCAGUUACCACUAAAGUACCGCGCAGAUGCGAGAGUGCGCCAAGUCCACCACGUCCCGUGGUCUGGCAAGGUGAUUGUCGCAGCAACACAAUCUACCAGUGGCCACAGUGUGCUCUUAGAUUAUCACUACGAUUGGGACGAAGCAUCCGAAAGCGUUUUCCUUGGAUUCAACACCAUAUCACCCAUCACGGCUUUCAACAGCAGCAUCGCUUGCGUUUCCUACCGCAGGGGCAACGCGGAAGGUCAUGAGUUAGACUCACUGAUGAUCGCGUGCGCGGAGCAGUACCAGGUCGGUAACGUCUCCUUCCGAGCGCUGCGCUACGGUGAUGAAGGGCACCUCACUUGUGGCUGGGAUGUCACCCUUGGCUCCACCGGCAGUAGCAUUGGUGACUCCGCGUUCCAUCUCGCCACGACUCGGGCCGCCAUAAUCGGAUCAUUUGGAAUCGCUGUCAUCGAUUGCGAGGGCAGGUUGAGGCAGCGUAUCCCAGCGCCGGAGGAGUCGGAGGAGUGGCCGCAAUGUGCGCCUUGCGUCGAGUGGCUCAAUCAAAACACGGUGCUGUAUGGAGUCAAAGAGGACAAAUACAGUGUCAUGCUGUGGGACACUCGAACACCGGAUGGCAAAGCAGCGCGCUUCCAGCUCCACAAGCGACUUACCGGCCUCCUCAAUCCACAAACGGACGACACCACUGAUUUCGGGCCCUUCCAUUUCUUCAACUCCGACUUUUAUCGAUACCCGAUCCAUCGCAAUCCAUACGAGAUCUUGGCUUCGACAAACCAUGACAUCAAUCUGUUCGAUACCCGCAUGCCGUCGAUAAAUGGCCGGGAUCCACCCGUGCUGACAAUGCCCCACGUUCACGGCGGUCCCAGGCUUCACUAUGCGGCGAAAGGCUCCCUCAUCGCCGCCGUCGACCGGGACAAUAUUGUGCAAGUGUACUCCACACGGACCGGAGCGAAGGUUUCGGCUCUGGAUGCGCCUGUCUGGCGGCCGCGGAAGCUGGAGAGUCCUGCUUUGCAUCACUUAUCGUGGUAUGAUGAUAACGACCGCGGGUCGACUUUGCUGGCGGUGCAGGGAAAUGGGAUUGUGAGGUGGACUUGGGGCAGCCCGGAUGAUGAAUGA